AUGCCAAAAAAAGGCAGAAGAGCAGCGUCAGAAAAUCCUGAGGAGGAUGCCGCCGUUGUGGCCAAACAGAGAAAGACUGACAAUGGCACCUCCAGUCCACUCUGUUUCGAUAGCCCACACAGUCUGUUCCAGAGUCUCAUCAGUCCGAUGGGAGUGGGGGAAUUCUUCCAGGAAUAUUGGGAAAAGAAGCCGCUACACCUCAAGCGCUCAGAUCCAAGCAUAGCGGCGUAUUACAAAUCUCUCUUCCAGCUGUCUGAUCUGAAAAGCUUGUGCUCGCAUGGCCUAGAAUACGCUCAUGAUCUGAACGUCUGUCGAUGCGUUGAUGGAAAGAAGAAGGUGAUGAACAAAGAUGGCAAAGUGAACUACAAUCAACUAAAGAAGGACUUCGAUCGAAACAGGGCUACCAUACAGUUUCACCAACCCCAAAGGUUUAAGGAUGAGCUCUGGCAUAUUCAGGAGCGACUGGAGUGUUUCUUUGGCACUUUGGUGGGAUCCAAUGUAUAUAUCACACCACAGGAGUCUCAGGGUCUGCCUCCACAUUAUGAUGACGUUGAGGUUUUUAUUCUGCAGCUAGAGGGGGAGAAACAUUGGAGACUAUACAAGCCCACUGUACCACUAGCUCGUGAGUACAGUCUAGAACCAGAGGAACGCAUUGGAAACCCCACUCAUGACAUUACACUGAAGGCGGGAGAUAUGCUCUACUUUCCGAGAGGAACUAUUCACCAAGCGGAUACCCCGACAGGAGUGGAGCACUCCACACACCUGACUCUCAGUACUUAUCAGAACACGUCCUGGGGAGACUUUCUGCUGGAUGUAUUUCCCAGUUUGAUGUUUGACUCUAUGCAGAGUGAUAUCACCAUGCGCUCAGGCCUACCCAGAAGCCUCCUCACAGCUGCGAGUGUUGGCACAGAUGUGAGCAGACAGCUGUCUGCCUUCCUCAGGCGUCUCGCAGAUAAGAUGGAUCAGGGGGAACAGGAAGUACGCUCCACAGACAUGAAAAGGGAUUUUGUGUCCAACAGGUUACCUCCGUACCUAGAAGACCCCAAAGCCAUUCUGCCGGCUGGGAAGGUGCCAAUGUUAGAAGAUACUGUACGUGUGAGGUUUAAAGAUCACAUUCUCCUGACAGUUGAACCCAGUCAGGAAAGAACAGAUGAAGCCACUGAGUUGGUGGUGUUUGUCUUGCACUCCUUAAGGAACAAGAGAGAGACUCACAUGAUGGGAGAGCAAGAAGAUGAUGAAGAGGAGGAGGAGGAGGAAGAGGAAGACACAGAGCAGCUUUCACAGGGCCAGGGUCUACGCUUCCCCCUCACCCACCUGACGGCCCUCAGACAGUUGCUUGACGAAGAGCGCCUCCUUGUGGCCCAGUUGCAGCUGCCCUCGGACUCAGACAGACUCGGCAUGGUCCUGGGCCUCUGGACAGAGGGACUGCUGGAAGUCUGCUAGCCCUUAUAAGCCUGAAAACGUGCUUACUUUCUCCAGCAGGCUCUGCAGUGUAAAACUGACCAUGCAUUUGAUGGAAAUCUUGCUCACAUUUUGACAGUUCGUGGGACAUCCAAAAUGCCUAGAGGUGUAUCGCACCCACCGGAAAUUACUUCCCAAAUCUUCAUGAUCUGUAAUGUCAUUUUAAUAAAAUACGAAAAGAUUAAUUGAAAUGUAGACUGUUACAGCCAAUUUUAUCAUAGAGAAGCAGCGGUGGAGUUUGAGUCAGAUGUUUAAUUCUAAAGGGAUUCGUGUAUACAGCCCUCUAUUCUCUGUGAAUAGAGUAAGACACUGUUCACUGAUGUCACUGUCAGGACAAUACAGAAUGUUCCUAGCCAGGAGCUGUUCAGUGCAGCUGCUAUUCCCUGACAGCACUGAAGACCUGCUGUUUCUCCAGCAAACCCCCCCCCAGGGAAAAGCUCCUGACCGGUGACUCAUGGUGACAAAUGAUCUGCCCUUCUGUUUCUUAGUUGAUAAAAAGGCUCUUUGUGCCUUCAACAACACAGGACAAGUAAACAUUUAAAAACUGAGCUGCUUGAGGAAGUCACAAUCUUUUGCCUCACGUUGAUUGUAUGCGCAGUGAAGUCAACUGUGUAAUUUUAUGCCACCGUUCCUGAGAGCCCGCAUUAGGAUCUCAAAAUUCACAUUUCAGGCCGGAUGAUAAAGCCAGCGCUUUAUCGCAGAUAUUUUUCUUGCCUUGGCUUUUGUCAGUCAG